AUGUCCUCAAUCCAAGUAGAAGAAGACAUCUACGACGUCCUCGUCAUAGGCGCCGGCCCCUGCGGUCUCGCCAUCUCAGCCCGUCUGCACGAACACACCCCCGCCGCCCUCUUCACCGACGAAGAACACCGUCGCUUCCACUGGAUCUCCAAGUACGGCAACAAAAUGCCCCUCAAGCACGUCCGCAGCGGUAAAAUCUCCCCUCCCAAGCACGCUGCAAAACCGCAGUACAAAAUGUUGGUUCUUGAUGCAGAUAGCGAUACGUGGAUGGGCCGUUGGAACAGGCUGUUCAAGAUGUAUGAUAUCUCGCAUUUGAGAAGUCCGAUGCUCUGGCAUGUUGAUCCGCUUGAUCGGGAUGCGCUGCUGGCGCAUGCGUACGCUAAUGAUAGAGCGGAUGAACUGGUCGAGAUUAGGAAUUGUGUUGGUAAGGAGGUUAGUAAACAUGGGAGGAAGAAGAGUGGACAGCGAGCUUGUGGUCGAAGACAAGAAGCUCGUGUCGACAUCAACGUCAGAGAGCGCAAUGACUACUACAACCCCUCAACAUCUCUCUUCUGCGACCACUGCGAAAAAGUAGCAGCGCGGUAUAAUCUCAGCUCAAACAUGAUCCGCAAAGAAUCCCUUCAGCAUCUGGACUACGAUGAAGUAAAGGGUAUUUCCAUUGACGGCGAGAAACUCUUCACCGUCACAUCUAACAAAACUCGUCGAUAUGCUCGCACAGUCGUGUUAGCAGUCGGUCCAGCAAACGUUGCCAAAAUCCCCCGCAUCCCUUCUAUGCCCGAUGAGCUCCCUCAGACAUGUCACAGCAUGCACAUCACCGAGUUCCCAGACCCUAUCGUCAAAGCUCGAAUCGCUGCGAAGAAAACAACAAACAUUCUUGUCGUGGGCGGUGGCCUCACAUCUGCGCAAUUAACGGAUCUUGCUAUUCGAAAGGGCGUCUCCAAGGUCUGGCAUGUCAUGCGUGGACCACUUCGCAUCAAGCAUUUCGACGUUGGUCUCGAGUGGAUGGGCAAGUUUAAGAAUGCGAAGCAAGCGCAGUUCUACUACGCUGAUUCAGACGAUGAGAGGAUCGAGAUGAUCAAGGAGGCGAGAGGUGGAGGAAGCAUCACGCCUGUAUUCCACAAACGACUCAAGAAACAUCUCCUCACCAAGAAACUCGAACUCUUCACCGAGACCAGUCUCGCCGAUGCGCAAUUCGACGCUGAGAAGGGUACAUGGAGCGUUCAGACCAAUCCACCCGUUGACAUGCCAGCCAUGGACUACAUGUACUUCGCAACCGGCAUCCAAACAGACUUCUCCUCGCUUCCCUACCUCCAAACAAUUCUAGAGAAGUACCCCAUCGAAGGGCGCGGUGGCUUUCCCUGUAUCAACAACGAUCUAAUGUGGAACGAUGAUGUCCCGCUCUUCAUGAUGGGAAGACUCGCUGCACUGCGUCUCGGCCCUGCGGCGCCGAAUCUAGGCGGUGCGCAGGUCGGUGCGGAGAGGAUCGCGUGGGCUAUUGAAGAUAGAGUUGCGAGGCAGGGGGAAGAUGAGGGGGAGGAUUAUAGGAAGGGAGCCCGCAAAGUGAAAUGCGAUGAGACGUGGCCGCGCUGCAAACGUUGCCUGACAACAGGGCGCACAUGCACAGGCUAUAUCGCUCCACCCCCCGGUUCAUUCUCAUGGACUUCUCUUCUACGCAUCAAACCUCAGGCUUUACCUGUGACCAACACAAAAGAAGUCCGCAGCUUAUCAUUCUUUCAUCACGUGGUCGCGCCCGUGCUCUCUGGUCCCUUCGAUGGAUCGUUCUGGACGUAUUUCGUCGUUCAAAUGGCGCAGUCUGAACCAGCAGCGCGUCAUGCUGUAUUUGCCAUAAGUUCGCUCUUCGAAAGUUUUGAGCCCACGAAGGAGAGUGUGGCUGAUGAGUUUGCGAUCAUGCACUAUAACAAAGCAAUAAGUAUUCUCACGCGUGAUACAAAACCGUGUGUUGAGACCGUCUUGUUGGUCUGUAUGAUGUUCAUAUGCAUUGAGUUUCUCCGCGGCAAUCGUGAAGCCGCAAUUACACACGCCAGCCACGGCGUGCACCUUCUCAACUCCGAAGGUCAUAAAUCCCGCCUCGCAAACACCUUUGCGCAAAUGAGCGUAUUUCCACUCUUCUUCAUCGAAGUAGGCACCGACUUCCCCCUCCUCCAAGGCGACGAGGGCGCAGAUCUAAAGAACCCCGUGUUCUACACCAUAAGCGAAGCACAGCACGCCUUGGAGCAUCUAAGUAUAAGGAUCAUAAAGCUUGUUCGCGAUGGCAAUGCGUUCCGGCUACAUGUCGUUGAUGACGCGCCGCAGGAGUGGGUUCUUGAUGAACAGGCGGAGGCGAAGCAGGAUCUUGAGGCGUGGGGGUUCGCGUUUGAGAGAUUUCGGGCUUUUGGGGAGGAGAGGGAGGAUUUACCGACGUUGGCGCUUAUUACGAGAUAUAGACUUAUGAGGAUAUGGAUUAUGAAUUGUUUUGAGAGGGGAGAGAUGGGGUAUGAUUUGAUGAAGGAGGAUUUUGUCACGAUUGUGGACUGUGCUCGGAGAGCAGCAGAGUACCAUGAGGCUCAACGUACGACACCGGGGAAGUUCAUGUUUAACGUUGGAUUCAACCCCAUGCUUCAUUUCACAGUAUGGAAAUGCCGGUACCUGUCUCUUCGGGUCGAAGCACUAUCCCUCAUGCGCCGGCUGUCAAGUCAGCAAGAAGCACUAUGGGAUGCAGCGCUGAUGUACAACGUGUCACGGCGGAUCAUCGAGGUUGAGCACGGCAUUGAUCUGUGUGGCGAUUACGAUCUAAAUGAUGGGAUAUUACCGCCCGAUGAGAACAGAGUAAAAGGGUUCUUCUUCAGGGAGAGUCCGGAGGCAGAGGCGAUCAUGUGGGAUAAGAAUGCCGAGACGGUGUAUUUCCUAAUGGCACAUCCCGAGGGCGGUGUGAUAUAUAGGAAGGACUAUGUUAGGAACAAGCACUUGGUCUUGGAUAGCGGGCAGACUUUUUGGAUGUAA